UCCGUUCCGUCGUGUUAAGCAAGCACAAAAAUUAAUUUUUAUUGCUCUCCCAAAUUACAAGUAGGCCACAGAUUCCAACUUUGCACAAGAACGAAGCCGAACUAAUCGUGGGAAAGAAGACAAAGCCUGCACAAGUUUGAGUCAUAACAAACUGAAACCUGGGUUUGUUCUAGGUCAAACAUUCUAGAACAUUUUAAGUUUCUUAUUUUACUGUCAGAGAACUAUCACACUGUAUCGGAGACAGAAGAAGACAUGGGAGCAAAUGGUCUCCUCUGUCACGUGAUCAAGCCCAGGCUCAGCUCCUUCCGGCUCCGGCUGAUUACGUCCGAGGAGCUACGUUGUGGAAGUGUCGUCCGGCAGAGAGCAGCAACCAGACGCCAUUUCCCGACCACCGCCAUCACCACAUCCGCCACCAACCACCCGUACAACCUCCGCACGAGUGGCGCGUCCUUUAAAAGAAGCCACAAAGUCGGCAGACCUUUUAGGUAUUGUGACCGAGAGCGACAAAACCAGAUACAAUUAGCAGAGGGCUGCGCACUGCUGCGCAACGAUAUGCAGCACUAUGAGACGGCUGCUGCUGCUGCGCUGAAGCUCCUCCCUACCGCGGUGUCGUCAUUGGCUACGAAAGGUAAAGGGGAGGAAGUCGUGACGUCAGGCGAGAAAGAGAGUUCCAGCGAGCAGAAACGUACGGUGCAUUACGUGAACCUGUAUAUUUGCCCUCCUCCCCGACACUGGAAUGGUGCGGCAAGCGUGACCCGAUUGCUCCGACAGGUGGCCAGUUUACUGUGGGAAACGAUGACAGGUUGGAGGUCAAACGCUGCGGCCAGCACUGUACGGCUGCCAAAACUGCAAACAGACGACAAAGAUUGCGGCCCUGCAGAAAGCGCCUUCCUGAGGUGGCUGCUUAGCCAAACGGACGUCAACAGCUUCCGCUUCCGCAGAAAAUUGUACACCCAGUGGGCGCUGAUUGGUUUAGCUCUGGUGUUGUCCCUAGCAACCGUUGCCAUGGUGCUGCUUACAAAAGUUCGUCUUGUGUUACUGGCGUGUCGCUCGUGGCCCGCCUUACGAGUUUAGUCUCUUUAUUCUACGCCCAAAAGUCAAAUAUUUUUUUGGUCUUAUGUCCACAAGUUUAAUUUUUUCAUCCACGUCUAAAUUCUCUUUAUUAUAUGCUCACAUGUUUAAUCUCUUUAUUCUUACUCCAAAAGUCAAAUAAUUUUAUCUUUUUGUUUUAUGUCCACAUGUUUAAUCUCUUUAUCCACCGUCUAAUCGCUUUAUUAUAUGCCCACAUGUUUAAUCUCUUUAUUCUACCUCCAAAAGUCCAAUAUCUUUUUAUCUUUUGUCCACAAUUUUAACCUCUCCUAUGUCCAACAGUUUAAUCUCUUAAUUCUGCAACCAAAGGUCAAAUAUCUCUUAAUCGUAAGUUCACAAGUUUAAUCUUUGUAUCCUACGUCCACAAUUUCAAUCUCUUUAUUGUACGUCCAACAAUAUUAUCUUUUCAUAAUAGGUCCACAUGUUUAAUCGCUUUAUUCUACGUCCAAAAUUAGUGGUGAGGGCAGGGUUAUACUGGAAAAGCUAGUCCAACUAUAAAAAAACAACAUUAUAUUGGUAAGUGUUUUACGAAACUUGCAAUACAAUAAGGUCAUAUAAGAGCCUAAGAUUAGAGCUGUUACAAGAGAGUAACAAACACAAAAAA